AUUGAAGGUAACACAGGUGUCACUCACAUUCGUUGACUGCACCGAUCCAGGUCAGUGUGGAUUUUUAAUUGUUUGAAAGUUUUUUUUUUGUUAAAGACAAAUUCACAGUUAUAGGGGUAAUAAUAACUUCAAAUAAUUAAAUAAAUAUUGGUUCGACUUUCACAAUCAUUAUUGCAUUCUAACUUGCUAAAAUAAUGUAUUAUUCGAUAAUCAAAACUAUUCAAUUAGUUGUUUGUUUGUUUCUAAGUUGUUGCUUAAAAAACAAAAAAAGCAACAUGCAUGCAAAAUGGCAUUUAAUCUUUAAAUAAAUUUACAGUAGUUCAACAUUUCCGGAUAAUUUUCAAUGGGACUGAGGAAUCGUCCAUUAAUAACGUCGCCGUCUCGUUACAAUUUCAUCCCAUAAUUUUAAAAACUAAAAAUAGAUCGUCAAAUAUUCGUGACCCGUUCCCACACCACUUUGUUUCUUUAUUUUAAUUUUUUUUAAAUUUUUUUUUUUUUUUUAAAUAAUUAUGUGACGUUAUUUAAAAUGCCGAAAUUUGAUUAAAUAACUAUUGACAUAAGAAUACAUAUUUUAGGUUUAAAAUAUUGGCGUAGCUAGUGUAAGUGCCGACAAGAUGGCGUAGCUGGAAUAUUUUUUCUGGUGGCGAGCUAGGAAUGUGCCCCUCCCACCCUCGAAAAAAAAAAUCUACCGUUGACCAAAAAUUAAAGCUUUUCCAAAAAAGAAAAAAAGUGCCACUAAGGCAGGACACCCUAAAACGCUUUUGAUGAUGAUGAUGAUGAUUGAUUACUUUUUUUCCCAUGCCCUUUUAGCAUUCCCUUUAUUUCUCGAUGGUCUAACAUUUUAUGAGCUAAACCUAAUUAAUUUAUGGUGAUUAUUUUUCAAGCGAAUUAUACAAAUUUAUACUAUAUUUGGAGUGAGGGAGAGUGAGCAGUCAUUGCUCCAACACAUGAGCAGCUAGCUCCAUCUUCUUGACAGUGUCAUACGACGUAAUGCUAUCAAAGGACUCGCCUACCGCCUCUGACAUCAGCAUGUUCAAGUUUGGGGCUUGAAGUCAAUAUUUGUUGGAAAAGUAGCCAAAGGGUUUCACUAUGUUGUUCAAUGGGAAUUGUGUAAGGGCUGCUUUGCCACAAAUAAUUUUCAGCAUAAAUUAUUAACCAUUUCGACGUUGAAUCUAUUCUAAAAGUUAUUACAAAGAUUGACUCAACGCCUUUUACCUCCAGCUAACUCCCCCAUACCACAAUAAUAUCUCCUCAUUAGGCAAUAAUAUUUUACCAUACCACAAUAAUAUCUCCUCAUAAGGCAAUAAUAUUUCACCAUACCACAAUAAUAUCUCCUCAUAAGGCAAUAAUAUUUCACCAUACCACAAUAAUAUCUCCUCAUAAGGCAAUAAUAUUUCACCAUACCACAAUAAUAUCUCCCCUCCUCAUCCUCCUCAUCCUCAUGUCCCUUAGUCCUUGGACCGUUGGGGCGCCACAGAUGACAUGUGAACCAUCCUCCUCCAUUCCUCUCUGUCUUCAGCACUACGCACUGCAUCGCCCUGUGUUAGUCCUGUCAACUCUUUGAUGGUAUCCUCCCAUCUUUUUCUUUGUCUCCCUCUUCUUCUCCGUCCUCUUGUGGUGCCCUGCAAUAUUUCUUUGGCAAGCCCUUGUUUCCUUUUUACGUGGCCGUACCAUUGUAAUUUGCGUUUUUUACAGUCACCAGUAGGCAAUCGUACUCCCCAAUUGCCCAUACCUCCCCAUACCACAAUAUUAUCUCGCCAAUACCAUAAAGAUAUCUCUCCUUAAUACAAUAAUAUUUCACCAUACCACAAUAAUAUCUCCCCAUACCACAAAAAUUUCCAUCCAUAUCACAAUAAUAUCCACCAAUCUACAAUAAUAUCUCCCCAAUGCACAUUAUAUUUCUUCAUACGACAAUGAUGUUUCCGUAUACCAUAAGUCUCCAAAUAUUACAAAAGAAUCUAACCAUUAUUUCAGCCUUCAAAAUGGAUCAAGCCUAUUCCAAUCAUUGGAUUCACGCUGGUGCUGAUUCUGUCUUUUUCUGUUAUGCCCAUUGGCAGAUGCGAACGAUUAUGGCAAUAAAUAUUCUUGAACUUUAUAAGAUAAGAUAAGAUACUUUUAUUGAUCCAAAUAAAUGGAAAUGUACGCAAGGUACGGAUAGGACAUCCCCAUCACUAGACAUGGGUCUUUCUGGAUUGUCUAUUGUGCUCUGGCACAGCUGUUAUGUUGCCUCCGUGUUGCGUGUCUUUCUUUACAGAGGAACGCCCGAUCCCAUGCUGAUUUUCCCAUGAAUCUUGGUUGAUAUCAAACCCUUUAAAUGUAUAAGGCGUUUCGUCUGUGUACCAGCAAACCGCCUUCUAUACUCUAGCACACCGUAUCAUAUGCUUUUUGCGCAAGCGGUGAUGGGACUACAGUAAAAUGGUAUGGAUGCUGGAUCUACCAGUCUUUCCGACUACCUUAGUGUCUGGGGAACCUGUCCUGCUUUUGAUCUUGCGAUCUGUCUGUGGGGGUUACUCUGUGUCUUGGACCUUGUCUUUGCAUCGAAUACAUCGAAUUUGUUCUGGCGCCUGCCCUUUGAAAGUGGUUGAACUUUCUGUCACUGCGUUGACAGACCACCCGAAUUUCAAAUGCAUAGGAAAGCUCACGGAGCACAGCCUCCUUAAAAAACUUUAAAUUAAUUAGAAUUUUGAUAUCUUUCGUGUUCCAUAAACAUUGCCAUAGGUUAAACUUGCUCAUGCAAUAAACAGGUUAACCUCGUCAUCGAUGGUUAAGCUUUGGAAAAAAUUACUGCCAAGUUAAGAGAAGCUGCUACGACAUUAAUUAUUACAUUAGGUUACCAUCAUUUCCGCAUCUGAUAGAGAUUCCUCUCCCCUGGCAGAAUCCCUCAGCAUGACGGAAAAAAUGAGGCGUAAAGUGUUUGUGUCAUGAAGCAACCUUGUUUCACGCCAUCAGCCACAGGAAAUGUUUAGACGUCUCUCCGUUUCCCCAGAAACUAGCCUGCAUACCAUCACGGAAUUACAAGAGCAAUGACAAUGUCUGGCAGUAGUUUAAGAAUGUAUUGGCCAGUGAAGAUAUCAGAACUCAAACUAAAAAAAAUAUAUCCAAGUUGGCUAUGCUCUUUGCACAUGGUGUAUCAACGCUUUGCAAGAAAGUUUAACUCUUCUUUUUUUAUACGACAAGCCUCAGAAAAAGAAUUAUUCACGCCAUACACAGGACAAAGUCCCAGAGACUGGCGUACUCAGAUAGGCAUGCCUGCCAAGCAUUUUCUCAGUAGUCUCAGGUUAACUGGGCGGGACGUGAUGUCAGAAUGUAUGAUGACGGCUUGCGGUGAAGAAUAUUCUAUUUAUAGCAGCAGCGUGGAAGGUGGUUUGCUGAUGGGCGGUAAAAAACGCCUUAAAGACAACCUAAGAGCCUCACUGAAUGCGUUAGAUAUACGCCCAGACACACGGAAAGAAUAGGCAAAGAAUCAAGUAUCGUGCCGUUUCACUUUACAUGAUGGCUACUUACAACAUGAGGUCAACAGAUUAGAAGCUUUCACUUGGCACCUGGAGAUGUCCCAUCAAUCCUUUGAACUCAUUGCACAAGAAAAUGUCAUGACAGAACCGCUCUCAUCAGCAGCCUGAACACCGAUAGCCAAGAUUAGACCUAGUUGUAUGAUGAUUUAAACUUUUACUUACUUCAUUUCAUAUUACACCGAAAAUAAUAUGCACAAAACGAAUAGAACACAAAGUUCAUGAGCCCAAAUCUAGCAAAUAGGCGGCACAAAUAAAAUAUGAUAAUUAGCCAAUAAAUGUAUUUUUAAAGUUGUAAUUUAUCAACGACUACAAUUUUAAUACAAAACAUGCCAUCAGGCUCUAAAAAUAAACAAAGGAAAGUGACUCCCACACGUAAACACCCAAAAGACGCCAUGGCAUUCGUCCUUUACAUUAGCCACGUAGAUGAUAUUUUUAUAUAUCUUUGUUUUUUCAUUAAUUUAGUAUGCUUGAGUAACUGUAAAGUAACACCCUGGGAUUUGCUUUAAAAUUAAUAAUAGUUCAUUAAAUUUAAAACUAUUACGAAAAUAUGUUUCUCUUUACAGUGAAAUUGAUGAAGGUGACUUUGAUUUAAUUGAAAGGAAAACCAAAAACACAAUGGCCUAUGUAACAGAGGCAGGGAGUUUGAAUAUUAUUUACAUCAUCCUCAUACUGCUGUCCAAUGGUUUUCUAAUAUUCAAGAAUGUCCGUAAAUGUGAUUUUAUGUACAAGCCAAAAACUCUGACAAUUUUAUCAUUGGCCAUUGGAGAUGUCAGUAUGGCUCUGUUUCCCAUGGUUGUGGCCACACAAUAUUUCUUUGAAGUUGAUUUAAAAACUUUAGGCUCAUCAAAAGAUUAUUGCCGUUUAUUUAAUUUUUCUAACAUUUACCAGGAAAAUCUGAUUACCUUCGUGUACGGUCUUGGAUUAAUGGUAUUGGGAUUACAAACAAUUCAACACCACAGGAUAUCAAAGUUAAGAAAACAAUCCAAAAUCAUUUGCUCCAUGGUUGCCAGCAGCACUCCAUGGAUGCUUGGACUUAGCAUUAUCUUACCUCUUGGUUUGGCUAACAAUUUAUCUGACAGUUGCAUUGACACAAUUAGUUCAGAUCAGCAGAAAGCCUUGCUAGUUAUAAGCAUUAUUCUACCAGCAUGGGGUGCCCUCAUUACCAUCAUAUUUACUACUAUUUCUGUCAAGUGCAAAGUCAAAGUCCCAAACCAUCAGGCAGUGAGCAACAACCCGCAAAACAUGGCUACUCUCAAUGUUCAAAACUCGGCUGAUGAGAAUAAUCCAAAAGUUCACCAACAAGAACCGAUUCCAACAGAUCCAGACAAUCAAUAUCUACAACCUUUAAUGGAUGACGGGUUAGCUGUUUCGAGUCGAGCACACCAUCGUCACAGUCCACAACAGCUUUACAAUCUACCAACAACACAGCUGUGUGCGCUACCAACUCGGCCACAAUACAAAAGCCAACCUGGUCAUUUAGUGGCCGCUGCCAAUCCAAUGGAACCGGCAUUUACAUCAGAGGAAGUCACGUCACAGGAAGUCACGUCACAGGAUGUCACAUCCAACUCAACGCAUAAGGUUGCCAGACUUCUGGUUAUUUCAUUGGUCUAUUUUAUGCUAGUAACUCCUGCUGCUUUUGUCAAGAUUCACAUUUUAAUGAACAAGUUCGAAAAUAACUUAGAAGAUUUACUGGCGGCUCAUGUUGCACUUGAAGCUCUAUCUUUUCUCCCUAUAAUCAGAUCUUUCAUGACACCGAUAAUUAUGUUUGACUAUUCUGAUAACUAAAGGUUUAUCAUGUACUGUUCAUUUUGUUUUCUUUCAUGGUAAUGUCCGUACGACUAAAUGCAAUUUUUACUCUUUUUUUUCGCCUAGUGUGUUCACAAAUUGAUUUUUUCCUAAUAAAAUCUAGAGAAUAAGAGGAAUGUGUUAAUUUUGUAUUAUAAAGGGAUUUUUGAAAAUACAACCUAAUUGAAAUGCAUAUGGUACAACAUAUAUAACAUUAGUUUGUCACAACAUACAAAUUAGUUUUGGCACAACACACAAAUUAGUUUUGGCACAACAUACAAAUUAUUUUUGGCACAACAUACAAAUUAUUUUUGUACGACAUACAAGUUAGUUUUUGUUAUACGUGGUUCGUAGCCGAUUUGAUGACAUUCCCCACUUAAUCAAGAUACAAUUCUGACCUUCACUCACGGGAUAAGCCCAUAUGAAUGUUUAAACAGCUUAACACAAUCGCCUCACAAUAACAAAGGAUAAUGAUCAAUCUCACCAGCAAGUAAAAUCUAAGAUUUUCUCGUGUUGUGUAGCUGGUCUGUCAAAACAAAAUGCUUUGUAAAAAGGCGUUUUUGAUUUUUAAUUUAAUAAAGUAAUUUUCUAGGAAUUUUUUUUUGCCGUGCAAAAGCAUAUGACGUCAACAGUCAAACAUUUAUAUUGGUUGCAUUCAUAUAUCUCUAUAUUAAUCCCCCCCCCCCUUUUUAAACAAAUAUUUUACCAGAAAAGCUACAUGGUGAAAUGUUGUGAUCGUUCAGCAGUUCAGAGUGUGUACUUUGUUGCUCUCGUAGUGUUAGACAAGGAACACAUUUUUAAGUUUAUUAUUAUGUAUAUGUGAAAUUUAUGUAUGUACAUUUGUUUAUUUCAUGAUUACUUUGAGUUUUCUGGAUUACUCCACACUAAAUGUGUUUUAUUUCAUAAAUGAUGUGCUUUAUUUCAUAAAUGCUG